CAAAAUUGCAAACAUGUUCCACUACUUGAGGAGUAUAAAAAGUCCCGAACAUCGAUCGUAAAAUUCAUCAGUUAACAAACUGUCUCAAUCCUACUACCAACUCUUCAACAUGCAGUUCUUCAUCUUCGCCGCCCUCGUCUCCGUAGCCGUUGCCUCAUCGGUUUACAACACAGCUCCGUCUUAUGCUGCUCCAGCUUACAAGGCUCCGGCGUAUUCAGCACCUGCUUACUCUGCCCCAGCUUAUUCUUCACCUUCUUACGAAACCCAAUACGCCGCCCAGCCCUACAGCUUUGACUGGGCUGUUAAGGAAGCUGGAUCCUAUAACGACUAUUCUCAUUCUGCCGAUCUCGAUUAUUCUCAUUCCGAGAGUAGCGAUGGUAAAGUGACCACCGGAACUUACCGUGUUGUUCUCCCCGAUGGCCGCACCCAGAUCGUCAACUACAGAGCCGACAGCUACGGAUACACCGCUGAUGUCAAAUACGAAGGUGAUGCCAAGUACCCCGAAUACAAAGCUGCCUCCUACAACGCACCGUCCUAUUCUGCCCCCCGUGCCUACGCUUCUCCAGUUUACAAGGCUCCUGCUGCUCCUGUCUAUGCUGCUCCUUCCUACUAGGUUUCCGAGCGCUUAAAAAGACAUGUAUUUGAAAUAAUUUAUGAUUAUUGGAAUAAUUAUUAUGCAGUUGAUGCGUAGUGUAGCGUAAUUCAAAAUAAAAGAAAUUUUCAAGA